GCAGCUUCGCAGCCCUGGGGGCGCGGCUGCGCGCUCCGGCCCUGCUCCUGUGCGUGCUUCGCUGCGAAACAUGGAUGCUGAUGACUUGGAUCUGGGACAGCUGGCACCUACCACGUCGCAUGGGAAGAGGAAAGGCUGGCACCUUUGGCAGAUGGCAGCAGGCACAGGCUUAAUAGUCUAUGUUGUGAGGACAAAAGCAUUUGGCUUCCACAGAGUGCCUUUCAGGUUACAGGUGCCGUAUGUACCGUCAAGUGCCAAGCAAGUGGAGAACAUGAUGUCACUGCUGGAGGGACGCUCAGGGAAGCUGGUGGAUUUAGGAUCGGGCGACGGCAGAAUUGUAGUGGAGGCCUACAGACGAGGCUUCAGACCUGUGAUUGGCUAUGAACUCAAUCCAUGGCUGUUGCAUCUGUCCAACAUUCGUGCCUGGAGGGCUGGGUGUUACGGAAAGGUUUACUUCCGGCAAGAUCAUUGGAAGGCAGAUCUCACUGACUGCAGCAAUGUAACUGCGUUCCUGGCCCCUGGCCUGGUCCCCCUCCUAGAGAAUAAGCUGCUUGCAGAACUGCCAGAGGACGCCUGUGUCGUGGUGGCUCGUUUCCCUUUCCUUGAAUGGACACCAACUGGCUUCACUGGUGAUGGUUUGGAAAGAGCUUGGGUCUACAACAUCAGAGCUGUACGGCAGGCCCAACAGGGCAAAACAGAAGGAAGCCCAGCACAAGAGGCAAAGCACACUCCGCACUGAGAAAGAGAGUUUUCCACCUCUCUCCUAAGGACAGACGUGGUUUGGGAUCUUGCUCAUGCUGAGAAGGACAGUAAUGUGAAUUGUCAGCAUUGAAGAAACCGUAAGAUGCAAAGAGGGCAAUUUAUCAAGUAUAUAUAUAUCCAAUACAAUGUUUUCCCCAGAUAAUAAUUAACUAUGCCUGCAGAUUACCAAGGGGAAAAUGGAUUUAGGGCCAGUAGAGGUCUUCAGUUCAGUCAGUCAUCGUGCCUAUGAAAUCUGCAAUGGAUCCCAUUUCAUGUUCCUGUGGGGUGGGGGAAGAGGACAGAAGUCAGGCAGAUCUUAAAAAGCAGCUUCAGCCUAAGAAUUCAGCCAAGUCUUUCUUAAAACCAAGUUCUUACAUGUUUUAGACUACAUUAAAACUUUGAGAAUUGUUUAAACAGUGUGGCUAAAAGAACAAAUUAGGAGAGGCAGGUUGCCAUCCAGACUCCACCCCUCUCCUAUUACAGUAUUUAUCAUAGCUUAGUGCCACUUACAAAGGCAAAUGCCGAUUCUGGACAUCUUUAAACAGCUUGCAGAGAUCAACUCUUUUGAGUUCCGGUUUUAGCUAACCGUGGCUUCGUGUUAACCUUGAUCCAAGAAUAGCUCCCUUGGGGAAAGGGUGCGGUGAAUGGAUGAGGUUGUGCAACAUUCCUGAUAAUUUAACCAUGGUUAAGGGAUAGGGACACACUACAUUUCCACGGGGCUGACCUGACACAGAGGAGCCCACUGUAAAUGAACCACGACCUCUGCUCCACCCAGCUCGAUCAAUUUACGGAUUUAUUUUUAAUUUACAGAAAAUGGAGAACAGAAACAUACCAGCAAUAUACAGCUUCGCCCUGCCAAAAUGGAGCUUUAACAUCACAUUUAUGCAUGCAUAUAGUUUGAUCCUUUUUUUUUUUUUGGCUGACAGAAAUGAACAGCUGUUUUUAAAAAAGGAAGAGCAUAUCAGCUUUUUCAGUUUACAUUUUUCAGAAUGCCCUUUUGAGCAGCUCAGGUGUUCAGUGCCUCUAAAAGGGCUUUGUCCUCAUGCGGGACACCAGCCUUGCCUGUCAAUGUGGACAGCCACCCUCUGGGGACAAUUUAAGUAGCACUUGCAAGGCCAUCAGAAGAUGAAAAGUGCAACUUACGAUGGUGCUGAUAAAGGCCCUUAAAAUAGCUUUUGCCAUUGGCUGUCUAGAAUGGCUUGCCACCUGUGUUUAAAAAUUUUGCAUUGAAAAGGUCACAGUAUAAUGAUUUAAACAAUUAAUGCAUCUGGGGGAAGGAAAAUGGAAAGUACUAGCAUCCAAGAGAGUAGCUGUGUAUGGCACCUGAGUUCAAUGUAGCGAGUAUCUGCACAUGUUGCAACAGCAAUGUUUCACACCCUGCCAUGCUCUCAAAAUCAAAUUUAAAGCUCUGCAGAAUACAGCUUUUUUGGGGGAAGGGAAAUUCUGUAAGAAACCAGAAUCCAAUGAAGCAAUUUUUUAAUACUCGCUUUCAUGCUUCUGAAUAGUAAAGUGCAAAAAUAAGCUCACACAGAACUUUUCAUCCAUGUGCUUUUCUUUCCCAACCAGGCAUUACGCUCCCCAAAUGCAAACAUUUUGUCACCGAAUUCAAUAGACCCGGUGGGCAUGCACGUGCUGCCCAACAAAGAAUCUGGAUUCACAAAGAUCUUCACAGACGCUCAAAGCCUUCAUAAGGAUGCCGCACCUGCUGAAGGCUAGGGUGCCAAUGAGGUUAUUUGGCCAGAACUUCCAGUGACUGGAAAGGGAGGCCUGGUUUCAUGCCAGAGCAUCUAGUUCCUGCUGUACCCCCCCUCCCAACAUGCAACCUUUCUACUUCACUUGCUUCUCUCCAACUUUCACCAACAGGAGUUAAAAGGGGAACAAAAUGUAUAUACAAAUUUGCCCGAUACGUUAACUUGUUUCCCUCGGCAGACUCUAGGGAGAGAAUAGCUCUGUUCUACGGGUUAUCCUUAUUUCCCUUGCAUGGGGC